AUGAAUAGCCGAAUCCUUCCUUCUACGAAUCGAACGUUACAAAUUCGACUCGACUCAUCCACCGAUGAGCUGAAUAAUCUUGUAGACAGUCGAAAUAAACCGUUAAUUAUCAUUCUCGCUAUUACACUUCCAACAUUAGUUCUAAUCGGGAUCGUUAUUUUAAUAAUUAUAUGUUAUCGACGACGACACGCAACGAUCUGGUUGAAAAAGAUUGAACAUUCGAAUCGACUACAAGCUAUUGUUGUCAAUAUUUCAUCGACUCCUAUUCAGCCCGAUUAUUCGGAGAAGAAACCAUCGAUUGUUUAUCGACACAUUCCACAACCACAUACUGAAACAAUUGUUUAUAAUCGUUUGAGUACACCGUCAACUCCCGUCUUUAUCAAACCAGAUAAUCCUAUCAAAACACCUAUUCGAGGUGAAACGAAUGCAGCGUUCGAUGGAUGUUUAUUAAAGAAUGAACAACAACUUAUUCUAAGAUCAACACUUCAACAAUCGUCAAACAAUGGACAACGGAUCACAUCCCUUCAUACAGAUUUUCCAACUUCAUUGCAAGCACCUGUUCGGACAAUAACAUCAGCACUAGUUGAUGCUAUUGCUGCGCAUCGCCUUUCAUUGCAUCUCAAUGAAAAUCACACCUCAUCGACAUCAUCGUUAGAGACGACAACGAAUCGACAUUCGGCUGCAUCUUCUCUAUUGUCGAAUACUUCUCAAACCGUGCUUCUUUUCUCUCAGAGGACUCAAUUGUGA